UGAGCGAGGUCAUGCAUGAGCUGAGGUGCAAGCAACUCACGCUAGGAAAGCCACGAUCUGCUCUGCGCUCUCUACAUCCGCAUCAGCACCUCUCAUCACCCUAGCCGCACUCGUCUUGGGUUGAAUACAACAGCGCACCGCGAACAACAACGUCUUGAUCGAAUUCAGCGCAAGCGACCUGCGUGGGGGGCCACAGCCCGCAGUCCAUUCCGGACCCUCUUCGCCAUUGACGAACUUGCAGCCAUCGCAGGCAGAGCAAGAUGAAUUACAAUGUGAUCCACGACUAUCUGUCGCAGGUUGGAGCUGCCUAUGCCUCGCGCAGUCAGGAUCCGUUCACCUUGGCCAGCCUCUUGGUCGUCGAUGCUCAGAAGCACGCCUUGUUGUCCCAUGCUCUGCGAGCUCCUCAAAAUUCGGAUCUGCCCAAGAAGCUGCACACUCUUUUGCGCGUACAAAAGACGGACAGAUUGGUGCCUUUCAUCGACUCGCUCUUCAACUACUUGGCUACUCAACCUCCCACUGCGCAAUUGGUAGCUCGAGGUCCUGCUCAACUGCCCAUCCAGGCCUACAGACCCGCCUAUGAUGCUUGGGCUGCUGUUUGGACCAAAGCAUUUGCCAUCUUCUCACUGCCUGAGGCCACAUGGUUCGGAGCCAGUCUCAGACACUUUGGUCUGGUGUUGCUGCAUCUAGCCGUCAAGGCUGACAAGUACCAGGUGCAAACCAGCAGCACAAAGAACCCCUGCAUCACCGAUGCUGCAUCGAAACUGUCCAAAGCUGCUGGGCUGGCUGCCAUAGAUCGAACGCCAGCGGCGGGACAGGAGACCAAGCGAAGGGAGGUCUUGUGGCUGGCCAACUUGAGCUUUUACGCCUACUUCAAACUCAACAACCUGCGCUUGUGCGAUACCGUCCUGUCCUCAGUCGACAGCGCCUUCGCUUUGAACAGGCAAUUCGCGCCACUCGCGACAUCUGCUCUGGCAGGUGCGAACGCAGAUCAGGGCGAGAGCUGCUACAGUCGAGCAGAUAGGGUGACCUACAGGUACUACUUGGGUCGCUUGAGGCUCAUGCAGCAUCGUAUUCGUGUAGCACACACACAUUUGCGAUGGGCCUUCGACAACUGCAUCGUCUCUUCACGGAACAAAGUCUUCAUCUUGGUUCCACUGCUUGUAGCCUCGCUCAUCUUGGGCCAUUAUCCCACGCCAGCUCUUUUGCAAGCAUCGGGACUGGACCCCCAAUUCGGACCUUUGGUAGAGAGACUGAGAUUAGGCGAUGGGGCUGGAAUGUUGCAGGAGCUGAACAGGUGGAGGGAGUGGCACAGAUCCAGGGGCAUCUAUCUUUUGCUCAGAGAGAGGCUGCAGACUGCCUGCUGGAGGAACCUUAUUCGACGAACUCUGCUAGUAUCGCGCAAGCUUGCGGGCCAGAAUUCCGGCACGGUCUCGGGCUCAGCUUCGCCCAUGCCCACGAAUGGUGCGGCAGCGGCGCAAGCUGGCAAAGUGGAAGCACCGCCAAACAUCUAUUUGAGGGAGAUUCUGCCUGCUGCGAGAUUAGCAUGGAGGGACGAGGAGCUGACAUUGGCGGAUGUGGAAUGCGUCGUGUGCAGCUUGAUCGAUCAGGGCCUCAUCAAGGGAUACCUGAUGCACAAGGCUGGACGAUUGGUUCUGCAAAGAGGACCCAGCAUGGGAUUUGUACCUGUUGCUUCUGUACGAUGAGAGUCACACGAUCGCGAGACGCAUCUCUUCUGAAUUCGCUGCUCGAAGCGCUAAGCGCCUGCGACGCUGCUGUUGCCGCUGCCCGACCCCGCCAAAUUCGAGCUUAAGCGUGCGUCAGUCAAGCCGCAUGUGAGCCGUAAUUGUACCGACAGAAGACUGCGAUGCACG